CUCCUCCUCCUCGUCGUCGGCGGCCGCGCCGUUGCCGUGGAGACGGAAGAUGGCGGCCGCAGGUCCUGGCUGUGGAGACAAGCAACGCUGAGCCCCUCAGCUCCAAACCAUGAGCUGGCUUUGCCACUGGGGAUGCUGGAGCUGAGAGCUCCAAACCUAAGGGAAGGAAGAUGCUCCAGACCAGCAACUACAGCCUGGUGCUGUUCCUGCAGUUCCUCCUGCUCUUCUACGACCUCUUUGUCAACUCCUUCUCGGAGCUGCUCCGCACAGCUCCUGCUGUGCAGCUCGUCCUCUUCAUCAUCCAGGACAUUGCUAUUCUCUUCAAUGUCAUCAUCAUCUUCCUUAUGUUCUUCAACACCUUCGUCUUCCAGGCUGGGCUGGUCAAUCUCCUCUUCCAUAAGUUCAAGGGGACCAUCCUGUUGUCUGCAGCCUACCUGGGCCUCAGCAUCUCCUUCCACGUCUGGGUUAUGAACCUGCGCUGGCGAGACUCCAGCCGCUUCGUGUGGACCGAAGGCCUCCAGACCCUCUUUGUGUUCCAGCGCCUGGCGGCCGUGCUCUACUGUUACUUCUACAAGAGGACCGCGGUGCAUCUGGGGGACCCCCUCUUCUACCAGGACUCGCUGUGGCUGCGCAAGGAGUUUGAGCAGUUCCGUGGCUGAUGGUUCCCCUCCAGCUCCUUCAUCACCUCCUGGCCCCCUGCGGACAGCUCCCCCUCAGCCACCUUCCUCCUCCUCCUCACUGCUAUCAGCACCUCAGGUGGAUGCCGGGAGCUGGUGGGAAGCUCACACUACAUCCCACUGUGCAUCAGGAAGAUCCAUCCCACCUCCACAACUCUUGUUGGGACUCGAGUGGUUUUGUAAUCAGUAAAGAAAUAAAUUAGCUGUGUUUUCCAA